CAACAUUUUUUUCAUUGAAAGGCAUGCAGGAUGGCAUUGCAACGACAGGACAUGGUCAUGCACUCAUGCUGGCAUGCUGCUACCUUGCUGCUUGGUGUUUGGCGUAAUAGGAUAGGACUUUGAUCACAUCUCACACAUCCAGAUUGCCUGAUAAGUCAACCUCAACACUUACUACUGCACCUAAAUUAUCAUUCUGGUUAUUUACUUCUCUAUCACAUUCCUGAUAAGUUAAUGUGAUGUGCACCAUUCGUGGAUUUGGCAGAGUCUGCUCAUAUUAGAUAAUCAUCCUUGUUGCUUCCUUACCAACCCUUUUGAGAAAGCUUUACUUCUCUGCCAACCUUUCCAUCCAUACAAAGCAACUGUGAAUUGUGACGAGUUAUGUUAGUCUCUUACAAGAACUGUAUAAAAGGGUGACUGGCUUUAUAGAGAAGGACACUAUCACUCACUCUUCUCGCUAAAGGUAUGACAUACAUUCCCGGUUCCUUUUGCUUCCUCGCACAUACUGGUAUGAGCAUCACAAUUUGUUUUAGCUUCUCUUAUGGUAUUUUAGUGCAUUCUUUUUUCUAAUAUAGAAUGCCAGAGAAUUGAUGUUCUGCUUGAUCUCCACUUUGUAUUUGGAAACAUUUUCUGUAUCUAUAUGGGCACAUGCCCAUGUUAACGAAAUAUACAAAUGGCGAUUGAUUCUGUCUCUUUUAGUUACAGAAUCUCAACACACAGCCAUACUGCAUCAUCAUGAUGCACGCAUCCUUCUUUUUUUGGAAAGGGGAUAACCCCGGCUUCUGCAUCAUCCUGAUGCACACUGCCAUACUAAUGAUGUCCAACGGCAAGCCGACACAAAACAGUGACUCUUCUUACAUGUCGGGCAUACCGACCUGCUGCCUUCUCAGGGCAAUGCAGCCGACAAGGAGUUUACUUCACUGGACCAAUGAUCUCCAUAUGAUCUUCGUGGAAGCGGUAGAGUAUCAAGGAGGCCCCUAUGAGGCGAAGCCAACUGCGGUGAAGCAGAGAAUGGAAGCUAUGGGAGUCACAGGCCUGACAAUCUGGAACAUAAAAAGCCACCUCCAAAGAUACAGGGAGAAGUGCAAUUUAGGAGCCGAACCUCCUCGGGAUGUCCUAGGCACUGCAUCACCAAGCAAGGCAGGAGAUAAUGUGACAUCUGAGGCCGAGACGGUGGUGGACAGUGAUGCAGCAAUGAAUCUGACUGGAAUGGAGAUGGCGACCUAUUUGCUUAUGGAUGACACGGAGAUGGUGGAUACCGCAUUUUCUGCGGAUGAGUUGCAGAUGAUGGAGAAGGAACUGAUGAAUGCGAUCCGGGCAUGAAUGUAUUGUCGAGCAUUGUUCUCGGAAAACCUAGUUACCAUCUUUGUUCCUUGUAAGAUGGGGUGCGCCGGCCCCUGUGAAAAAUAAAUAAAUUUAAUGUCGUUGUGUGCACAUGUCCCACAUAUCAAAUAUUAAUAAACUGAUAAGAAGUGCUUCGCGGUC